CGCUCCAUUCCCGACUCAAUCCAUCACUCAUCGUCAUAUCAACACACUCCACAUCAUUCGUCCCCUCUAACUCUUCUCAACGACGCUCCAGUCGCCACCAUGUCUCUCGCUCCUCCGACAGUUAACACAGGCGGCAACGCGACCGGCAGCGGUCGAACCAAAGUGGCUCUAAAGCCGGGACACAGUCUGAUGGACUGGGUGAGACUGUCAAACGACAGAAAUAAGGAUCUGACUGGAGUUGGCGGGCGAGGGAUAUUCGGUGCUGUGACUGAAGAUGACCUGAGGAAACAUGCCACGGAAGAUGAUCCGUGGAUUGCAGUGAGAGGAGAGGUGUACAACAUUAAGCCUUAUUUGGAGUUUCAUCCUGGUGGUGUGGAUGAGAUCAUGAGAGGUGCAGGGAAAGACGCAACACAAUUGUUUAAUGAAAUCCACAAAUGGGUUAAUGUGAAAUCGAUGUUGUCCAGCUGUUAUAUUGGUCCGUUUGUGGAGACGCCUAAGCAAGCCGGAAAAACUAAGGCAAGAAAAUCUGCAACAAGUCUUGCCCCAUCUCCCAGUGGCAUGGCAACUCUCAAGGUUUCUCAACCAACUGCCAGCUCUUUGUCCAGCUCUCCUCAGAAACCGAAGAAAAUUAGUCGUAUUCUUGCUGCUGUUGGGAAGAAAUCGUCUCUCGUGGAUUUGUUUAAGCGGAAAGCAUCUGAUGCAACUCAUGACAGACUUGAAGUUGAUUCUCCCAUCUUCGAGACGACACGCACCAGCUGUCCCGGCUCUCCAGUUUUGAAUCGUGGAAAAAAGACUCAAACAGCUCACCAUAAACUGAAACGAAGGCAAUCAGUGCCCACCUUGUUCCACAAGGCUCGCAUGGCCGAUACAGAAGAGCAAACAAUACCUCAACUACACUACAAUUGGGAUCAAACAGAUGUCAAUGUUAUCUUUACUCUUCAGACCAAUUACAAGAAAUUGGAUCACGGUGAUGUGGUUGUACGAGUGGAGAAGGGUGUGAGGAUGACUAUUACGGUGUCUCUUGGAGAGAUUGUGUAUGAAGUGUUGGGUGAUUUAUAUGCUGCAGUCACUGGACUAGCAGUGAACUUUGUUGAUAAAUGGUGUGAUGUCUGCUUCACCAAGCAGGAACCAGUUCAUUGGCCUGUUGUUCAUAAGGAUAUUCCACUUGAUGUGACAUUCACUCAGAAGAAGAAAUUCGAGAUGAAAUACUAUGAAUGCAAGGUGAGGGACGUGAAGAAAGUCACACAUGACACGAAGCUGUUGCUGGUGGAAUAUCCAGCAUUAAUGUAUGUGUCAGUCCCUGUGGGGCAUCAUGUCUACAUUAGGCACACCGUGGAAGGUUUUGAAGUGAGUCGGCCGUACACUCCAGUUGCUAACUUCCAAGGAGACAGCGGCUUUGAACAAGGACGCACAAUCUUAUUGAUGAUAAAGAUAUAUCCAUUGGGAUCUCUUACACAACAUAUUGGGAAACUUGAACUAGGAAGUACAAUUGACAUUAGUAGCCAUGAUGGAACUUUUAAUGCGGCUUGCCUCACUGCCGUGUCAACGUUAUGUCUUAUUGGAGCUGGUAGUGGGUUUACUCCAAUGGCAAAGUUGAUUCGGGAGUUUUUAGAUAAGAGAGAGUCAGUAGAUAGAGAACAGAGUGACGUGGCAAUCAGACAAGUGAAGCUGCUAUGUGCAAACAAGACUGUUGAAGACAUAAUGUGGGCGGAAGAGUUAGAUGCCUUACAGUCGUCAUCAAAUGGCGGGUUCGAAGUUUGUCACACGUUGUCCAAACCAUCGAGAGAAUGGACGGGCCUAACGGGUCGUAUCUCCAAGCAAAUGCUUGAAGACUUCUUUCCUUCAUCCGACCAAAAGAACGUGUAUGUCUGUUACUGUGGUAAUCUGCCAUUCAACGUGAUGAUCAGAAGGUUUCUAAGGCAGCUCGAGUUUCAAGAUGAACAGUGUCAUUUGUUCAAAUAAAAUUUUGCAAGACCAACAGUUAAUUUUUGAAAUUUUAUUGAUAUUAAUUAACAGGUUAUGACUCAUAAGUAUAGUCACUGCUAUGAAAAUUUAAUAUCAAUUAUGUAAGAGUGACACUUAUUUUUAGAAAGAGGUUAUGACUUAUACACAUAUAUGUGAUCACUGCUGAUAUGUAAUUAUUGUGUUGGGAAUAUUUUGUGCUGGAACACAAGAAUUGUUAUUGAUUGUGAAAUUUAAGUUUGAAACAUUA